GAAGCGCGCGCUGUUGGACCGUAGCUCGGUGCAGUUCUGACGUUAUUACUGAGUUCGGAGAGAGCAUGUGGUUUAUUGCGACGAGCUGUUUAGUGCCAUAGUGUUCUUCUUCCGGUUUUUUUUUUUGCUUUGUUUUUUUUUUUAAAUAAACUCCGUUGCAAAGUGCACGUGCACGUCCGCUGUGUCCCGGUCGGAGAAAUGCGCGCGCACGCGGACGCGGCCGCGGUUCGGUUCCUCCGCCUGUGCGCGCUCGCCGUGUGUGUGUGUGUGUGUACAGGAGAGGACGGGUCCUGCCAUGGAGCCUUUGAUCUAUACUUUGUGCUGGACAGGUCCGGCAGCGUGUCCACCAACUGGCGGGAGAUAUACGAAUUUGUGGAGCAGCUAACCAAUCGCUUUGUAAGCCCGAAGAUGAGGGUUUCGUUUAUCGUGUUCUCCUCGAGCGCAGAAGUCAUUCUCGCCCUCACCGGAGACAGGACUGCCAUAGACAAAGGUUUGGAGCUCUUGAGUAAAAUCAGACCUGCUGGUGACACCUACAUGCACGAGGGACUGAAAGCGGUGAUAGAGCAGAUGGAAGCUCAGAGCGCGAGAGCAUCGAGCAUCGUUAUCGCACUGACUGAUGGGAAACUGGGCAUCUACCCACAUGAGCUCGCAGUGCAGCAGGCUGAUCUGGCGAGACAGUACGGAGCCCGUGUUUACUGUGUAGGAGUGACUGACUUCGAUGUCCUACAACUUGUUGAUAUUGCAGACAGCAGAGAGCAGGUGUUUCCUGUGCUGGACGGAUUCCAGGCGCUCAAAUCGAUUGUGAAUUCUAUUUUACAGAAGUCCUGCGUAGAGAUCUUUAACGUCGAGCCUUCCAGCGUUUGUGUGAACGAAUCCUUCAACAUCGUUCUAAGAGGGAGGGGCUUUACUCAGGGGCGGAGCUCAGAGGGCGUGGUCUGUACGCUGUCUGUGAAUCAACGGGAAGCUUACAAUGAAAAGCCGAGCGUUGUGAAGGACACUUAUGUGCUGUGUCCGGCUCCGCUGUUGACCGAAGUUGGACACUCAGUUGAAGUGCUGAUUAGCUUUAAUCAUGGCCACUCCUUCAUUACAAGCCCUAUUACGAUCUACGCCACCACAUGUUCCAAUGGCGUGGUGGUGGUUGUGGUUCUCCUGGUUCUGCUGGUGCUCGUGGCUCUGGUUCUGCUUUGGUGGUUCUGGCCGCUCUGCUGUACCGUGGUCAUUAAAGAUCCUCCGCCCUCUCGACCUCCUCCUCCUCCACCUCCUCCACUUAUCGAGCCGGAGGAAGACCCCCUACAGAAGAAGAAAUGGCCCACCGUGGACGCGUCGUACUAUGGAGGCCGAGGAGUCGGUGGGAUCAAACGCAUGGAGGUUCGCUGGGGAGGAAAAGGCUCCACUGAGGAAGGAGCGCGACUGGAGAAAGCCAAAAACGCUGUGGUCACAAUGCCCGAGGAGGAGGAACUGGAGGAGCCCAUUGUAAAAGCUCCUCGCAGACCACCACCUCCUCAUCCUCCCCCACCUCCAUCUAAAUGGUACACCCCGAUUAAGGGCCGUUUCGACGCUCUGUCAGCUUUACUACGGAGACAGUACGACCGAGUCGCCGUGAUGAGACCUACAGCACAUGACAAGGGUCGCUGCAUCAAGUUCACAAGGAUUCAGAGUCACUAGUUCACUCACUGUGUCUUUUUAUUGUUGUUGUUUUGUACACAAUUUUGUAUAAGCUAUGCUCCGCCUUUAGAUUACUGUACAUGAUUUCCUUCUAUAUGUUUGUGUGAUAUGUUUCUAAAUACUGAAAAGUUCUAAUUUUUAUUGGUCAAUUCUGCUGAUUGUAUGCACUUAUGCACUCUUUGUGUGGAGUUUCACUAUAGCAAUAUUAUUAUUAUAUACAGCAAUAUAUCAAUAUUUAUUAGUAAAAUGAAAACGGAUUUUUAGAUCACUUGCGGUUAGAUUUUUGAAAUGACAGAAACUACAAUCUGACAUGUCACCGCCCCAGACCAGGUAAUCAUUCACAAAGUGCAACUACAUAAGUUGAUGCUCCAAUAGCAAUGAAAAACUCUACACAGACCUUUUCAGCACUAAUCUCAUGAUUUUAAUCUGACUGCACAUGUUUAGUAGCAUAAUGGCGUCUUCUGACCACUGCUGACUGUAAAGAAAAUAAAAGAGUUGUGUUUUUGUUUUUUUAA